GCCCCCGGAGCAAGGAUGAUGGCAGUGCUGCCCAGCCUGGCGCUGGCCCUGCUCUACCUGCUGCGGGCAGGGGCCGAGGUUCCCGUGCAGCCGGGUUUCAACGCUGAGAAGUUUGCAGGGACGUGGUAUGUCACAGCCGCUGUUUCCAACUGCUCCGUGUUCCUGAAGAUAAAGGAUGGGAUGAAGUCGUCCAUCGCCACCAUCAGCUUCACACCGGAGGGGGACCUGGCUAUGCAGCUUGUCUGGCCCCUGCUGGACAAAUGCCAAAAGUUUGAGCUGCUCCUCCAGCAAAGCGGGCAGGCAGGGCACUACAUGGCAGCACAAGAGAAGAGGGACCUGCGUGUGAUGGAGACGGACUACAGCCGCUACGCCAUCGUGCAUCAGCUCCAGCAGAGAGAGCAGGAGACCAGCACCGCGCUGCAGCUCCUCACGAGGGAGCAGGACGUGAGCCCCCAGCUCCUGCAGAAGUUCAAAGAGCUCAUCCCCACUGUGGGUCUGACCGAGGACAUGCUGGCCAUCCUGCCCAAGUCGGAUCAGUGCACCGAGGCCAUCAGCUGAAGGGGCCAACGCCAAGGCUGUGUGUCCUCCAGACCUGAUGGAAACUGUGCUCUGCCUCCUGCUUCAUGGUGCCCCUUCCUGUCCUCCCCGGCCGGGCUCUGCCAGACCCGCAGCCCCGUGCC